CAGAGGCAGCGCUUGUAUGUGCCGCUCUUUGCUCUACCGCGACCGACACGGUGUCCGUAACUGGUGUUCGGAAAAUUGUGCAUGUGCGUUUUCCGACGAAAGCAGUGUGUGUGCUAGUGAGAUGUGCUGUUGUUUUCUAGGAUCGGUUUAUACGCAGAACAUCAUCUAGUACGAAUGAGAACAAAGUGCCCGAGUGCAAAAUUAUAAAGAAACAAUCACUUAUUGGCCUGUAGAUAAUCCUAAAUUAAACAAUCACAGCCGAUAAAUUGCAACGAGCGCGCUUGCUGCCGCGCCGUUGUCAUCAACUACGUAUCUGUAGACAGUCGCGUCGCGCGCGGUUGCUUCUCCUGUCGCUGAAGCUGUCAGUGCUUGCCGGAGUCGCGCGACUCGGCCGGCACGCCCCGACACAGCCGUGGAUAACCUCGGCCAGAGCCCCCUUCCGGUGAAGAGGCUGCACGAAGCGCUUCAGAGUGCGCAAGUGAAGCGCCAGCGGCUCUCCCCUCCGUAUCCCGCACCCCCCGCGCCCCUUCACCCGAUACAUCAACUCGCCGUGCACCAACACAUCAAAGUGCAGCAAAGCAUAGUGCAACAGAGUAUCGUGCAGCAACAUCAAUUGAAUCUGGCCCAUCAGUCGUUGCAAAACCUGCAAGCGCAAAGCUUACAAGCCGCUCAGCAAAGCCUUCAAGCGGCGCAGAGUCUGCAGGCUGCUCAAGGGCUGCAAGCAGCUCAGAGCCCAGCGGCUACGGGCGGCGCAGGCACGCAACAGGCGACAGGAGCAACACAAGGCGCGCUGGUGCCGCCGCAGCAACCGUCGCCGCGGGCCGCUUCUCCGCAACAUAAGAGCAUGGAGCUUGCACUGUGUCAAAGUAUGGACUCCGUCAAUACCGCCACCACUGAGGAAGAGGUGCGGACAUUGUUCGUGAGCGGACUGCCUAUGGACGCCAAGCCAAGGGAACUCUACCUACUGUUUCGAGCUUACGAAGGAUACGAGGGUUCGCUGCUGAAGGUUACGAGCAAAAAUGGAAAAACAGCAUCCCCGGUCGGUUUCGUAACGUUUCACACCCGGGCCGGAGCCGAGGCCGCUAAGCAAGAUCUUCAGCAGGGCGUCCGGUUCGACCCCGACAUGCCGCAAACGAUUCGGCUGGAGUUCGCUAAAAGCAACACGAAGGUCAGCAAGCCGAAGCCGGCAGUUGCCACAGCCGCGCCAGCUGCACACCCCGCAUUGAUGCACCCACUCACUGGACACUUAGCCAGUCCCUUCUUCCCUGGAGGGGGCGCUGAGCUGUGGCACCACCCGUUAGCUUACGGAGGGGAGCUGCCGACAUUGUCGCACGGACUGGUCCAUCCCGCCAUUCAUCCUCAAAUGGCGCCCACCCCCUUGACGCUGGGCGCAUGCGUACUACCGGCCCCAGCGCUGGGUUCGCCGGGAGCAGCGGUCCCGGCGCAUGCGCCCGCGCCGCCUGCGCACCCCGCACACCCCGCGCACCCCGCGCCUCCUUGCUCCACGCUCUUUGUCGCUAACCUCGGACAAUUCGUCUCCGAGCACGAACUCAAAGAGAUAUUCAGCAGCUGCCCGGGUUUCUCGCGACUGCGGCUUCUGACGGCCGGUAGCGGCGGCGGCUCUGGUCCGGUCGCGUUCGUCGACUUCGUUACCCCGAGCGACGCAGCCACCGCCAUGGCCCGCCUGCAGGGCGCCCUGCUCCUCAGCUCAGAGGGGGCCAUCCACCUCGAAUUCGCGAGGCAUAAGUUGGCACACAACGGCUGGAUACUCGCACAUGAAGGAGCCAAAGGCGGAGAAGAGGGCGAACAGCAUUAACUCGUUCGUGGCACUCGGCACUUGACAACCAGCUAACUGAGGGCCGCGCGGGCCGGGCGCGCUGCGCGGCGCGGCGGCGGGCGCGGGCGCGCCGCUCGGCUAGCAGCGGGUCGAGACCAGUUUCACCGACAACGACAACGGAUGAAUGUAAAUUAGCAAAACGCUCUCCUCGUUUAUGUUUCUCGUCUGUAGCGUCAGAGGUGUGGUGUAUUUUGUUGAUACCAAAUUUAGCGUAAAAUUUUAUUAUAUUAACAUUCCAGUUUAAUUGUUUACCGUUCACGAUGAAAAUAUUAUUUGAAAUUAUUAUUACCUUUUAUUGUAUAACGUGUUUAUUUAAUUGAUUUUUUUAUGUAAUAUAAGAUUUAUUUACAAGUAACUUAUUGUAUGGUAACGUUUGUAUAUUCGUUUCUACGAGGCCGGUUAUACAACUGAGAUGUUUUGUUAUGGAUAUAGUGUAAUAUCAGAAAUUAAACAUUUUAGGAUAAAUCACAUUCGAAUAAGCUAAAAACCAAAGGUGCCCUUCAUAGAAAGAUUACGUUUUGUUGAUAAUAUUUCAAGUUGAAUGAUUUUAAAUGAAGUUGUAUGUAAUAAUAACGAUACUUUUGUUUUAGUCUCGAUAAUGUUAGCGUAUUUAAAUGAAUUUUCAUUACUAUCUCAAAUUAUAUUUACCUAAUGCUUUUUAGUAACUUUUAUAAUGUUCACUCGUUAAAGCGCUGGCACACUAGCGUUGGUUUACGAUCCUUCUAUCUGUAUAUGGAUAAAUUUAAAUUGCAAUAAUGUAAAGAUGUAACGAUCGUUACGCGAGGCCCUCGGUGUCGCUCGUGAAGUGCAAUACACGUCUGAGCCCCCUCGCUCGGGCUCGCAUCGCACGCACUGACCCGCCUUAAUCUCGCCCCGUCUGUCCGCACCCUAAUGUCUCGUGCCUUGUGGAAACGUCUCCCUAAAACAGCGUCAAUCUUUACCCGCGUAAACGUUUUAGAUUGUUUUCUUUCGGACUCCGUGGAUAUUUCGGUCCCUCCGUGUGUGCGAUGCGACUUUAUCGAGCAGGGUUCGGUCUUGCUGGGAGAAUUUAGCCUUUGCCUUAUGAAAGUUGAAUAGCUAUAUGUAAUCAUUAUAUUAUUAAUUAUUAGUAAUAAUUAUACGGCGACACGCGCCAAGCUGAAUAGUAAAACAAUUAUUCUAUUUGCAUGCUUUGACGAGCUUUUUGGUAAUACUAAUUUAAAACUUAGUAGUUACUUUAAUUGUGUAAUCUUUAGGUAAAUAUUAUAAUACUAGAUAAGGGUAUUUAUUGUAGACGAUCUGCAUAGUUACAUUACUAUUAAUUGAAAGUUAUUCUUACAUAAUAUCGAAACAGUGUAAUGAAGUUAAAUCUAUUGUGUUAGGGUUAAUCAAAUGGAAAAUUAAUAUAUUUUUUAUUUUUAGCUAGUUGACUAUCGCGUACAGAAUGGCGGCUCGCGCGGUGCGAGUUCGUUCCGGCGAACGUGUGCGAAAUAGCAAUAAACCAAAAAUGAACUCUUAAUGUUUAUAUUAUAGGUAUCUAGAAACGUAUUCUGCUGAUGUAAACAUGUAAAAAUUAUACAAAAAAAAAGUAAAAAAAAAAGUAAUAAAUAAAUCCCUGCUUAGGCUAUUUUUAAUAAGAUUUCGGAUAUUUGGGUUGAAAUCUUGACGCGACAGAUAUCAAGGGAGCAUUCACUAGAUCCUUGUCGUAAGCUGGAUUGAUCCGCAUGUGAAUUCUUAUGAAAGUCUCUUAGUCAAUAUUUAAUAGAAAUAUGUCAAUUUUUGACUUAGCAAAAUUUUAUACGUUAUUUAUAGUGACUGUAAUUAUCACGGUAUACCGAGCGUCAUGGCGUGUAGACCAAAGAUAAAAGAUAUACAUAACUUAAUACUAACCUCAAACCAAACGUACCAAACAUUAUUUCCUGGCCUACACAUCGACAGACAGAUUCUAAAUCGAUUAUAUUUAUUACGCAAACGUUCUAAACAUAUCUAUAUCUACAUAACACGUAUUAUGAUGACGAUUUUAAAUCGAUAUUGUUAUUUUUCUGAAAAAUCGAUAUCAAUGUUCAACAUUUCAAAAUAAUUAGUGUUCAGUUCAAUGUAAAAAGUCGACGUCGAUGUGUGGAGCCAGCGUUAGUUAAAUCUCUUAGAAAAUAACUGAAUAUUUAUAAAAAAAUAAUAUUGAUUGAUUAUUAAUUUAUAUCAAAAUCCUAAAAAUAUCAAAACUCGGUUUCUCUUGGUAUUCGUAUUUCACUGUCUGUUUUAAUAGUUAAGCUAAGUCAAUGUUUACUUAUUUAAUUCGAUAUAUAAUGCUAAUUCGUACGUAAGUUGUGUAAUAGUGUAUUAGUGAUCUCCCAAACCUCCGGCGCCCGGCGUCCCCGACCGCAGAUAAGAUACAACGAAAAGUUUUAAUUUUCUUUUCCGUUGUUAUUUCCCAAGCUGCGUGGUGACUUCGGCUUCGUUUAUUUAUAGCCUCUCGCUGUGCAAAUGAUUUAGAAAUUUAAAAAGCUACUAAGAUCUUUUAUAUAAAUAUAUAUGUUUACGUAACUUAAAUUGGAGGUGAAACUAUUUUUUGUAUAUUUAUAAAAGUAACCACGGAGCUUGUCGGUUGAUUUACGUCACUGCUAACGCAGCGCUCGGGGCGCUGCGCGCGGCGCGCGUGGGCCGCGGCGGCAGCGCUGCGAGCGCUGCGAGCGCUGCGAGCGCUGCGAGCGCUGCGAGCGCUGCGAGCGCCGAGCGCGCGAGGGCCGGGCGCCGCCACGAUUCCGUCCAACCGUAGCUAGCGUGUAAGAGACGUCCAGUGGCUACGAACACGGCUGCGUCAUUUGCGGGACUACUCGAUACAUAUCAUCGUGUAAUAUUAAUGUGUAAUUAGAAUUAAUGCGGUUUCAUAGAGACUUUUAUUCGGUAUACUCGUCUACUACUUUUAAUGCAAUCGGCUACAUGUCACGCUAUAUCAGUAUCGAUAUCGAGUUUACUUUGUCGGAACUGACGCUUGACAUACGCUCCACUCCGUCUUCGAAUAUUUUCGCUUGGAUGUUACUUUGUAUGGGGAACGAAUCGGUGAAUAUUAUGCUGAAGUUUGUCGUCGAAUCGAGUAGCUCGUUGUCGGAGCGUCGGCUGGAGCCGCGUGACAUUGGCCCGCAUGUGAUAGGGUAGUGUAGGGGGUAGCGUCGCCUUGCAAGUUAGGUUAAGUAAGCGGUGAGACACAAAAACCGUGCAUCGGAAACAUAUCAAUCUGUGCCCCUUAAUAAAUAAUUAAAUACUAAUCUAAGAGAUACAUAUGAAUAGCGUAAACAAAAUAAUCGUUCGAAGUAUCAAAUACAUAGUAAGUGUUGUUUUCGUACGUUGAACAAUUGACGAGGCGGUUAGGUCGUUUUCGAGAUGUGAAUCGUUACGCAUAGUACCCGAGUAGUUUCGCGCAAUUUAUUUAAACUUACCGCAAUAGAUCUUUGAAUGUAUUUUUUAUUGUUAUACAUAGGCUAAUGUUUAAUAUGGCUUAAUUACCAAAAUAUUUUUAGCUGUUCGCUUCGUAUUCAGUAUUAACGAUCUUUUGAUUUACGGUGACAGGAGCUAGCGCGUUGCUGGGUCUUAUUUGUAUAUCGAGCAAAUUAUAUCAUACAAAAUAUAUAGUUAGUAAUUAAUUGUUAGAUUUGUGUGACUUGAAUUAUUUAAAGCUUUUAGAGCAAAAGGUAAAGUGUUAUUGUGGUUUAAGAAAUAAAAAAAAUAAAACAUAAUGACCUUGUAAAAAUAGUGAUAAAUUUAGCUUAAUUAUCAUUAUUACAACUUUUAUAGAUGUUCGUUAAUUUACUUUCCUUACUUCAUCGACUAUUGUGGCAUUGGAGACGUCAAUGUUAAUUCAAAUAAAUUUGAGCUCAUCCUCAA